AGAGUGCCUUUAUUUCUUCAGAAUUUUAGUAGAUAAACUGUGUAAAUGGCAGCUUGAUAAAGUCUUAUUUUUCAAAACUGGUUCCCUUUUCUUAUGGAUUGGUUUGGAGGGUUUUUUUGACUUGUAAAAUGCCCACAGUCCGUUGACCUAUCUCCCAUCCUGGCAGUGAUGUUUAUACUACACAUUCUUCUACUGCUUCGUGCAGCUGGUGCUAUCGCAGCAAUGCUGAAUGAGGUCCCAGCCUAACUACAAUAUUAACCCUGCAAAUCUGUUCAUUUUCUCCUGAGCAGCCCCAGGCAGGGUAUACAGGAGAAUGUGUCCAAUUGAGAAACUAUUACAGGCUUGGUGGUGCUGCAGUGUGCUAAAUUGCAACAGGGCUGUGUUUUUCUGCCAGAGAGUAUCCUGCUAAGGGAGGUGGUGAUGUCUGUCUCAUACAACGUACAGAAUUUGUUUUUUGUUUUAGUCUCAGCCUUCACUGAUGAUUUUUAUAUUAUUUUUAAUCUGUCUGUCUGCUUUUAAGCGCUGAAAUGUGUUCACUUUUCAACACAUGUUGCAUUCCUUCUGCUAAUCGUGCAAUACGUGCUUUUUUCCCCCUCGUUUGUAUCACUUCUUGCUUUCUUACUUUCACCUUUCCAGUUGUUUUUAAUUUUUUCUUCAUUAUUUUACUGAAUAUCACACUGCAGAUCAGUAGCAUCUUGGGAGGUGGUUGUACCACAUAGCAUUUAUAGCAGACAUUAGUUUUGCAUAGCGUGUGUACCUUAUUUUGUCUGGACUUGUCUUCAUUGUGCUGCAGGCACCUCCUUAAGCAAUUGCAGUGAUUAAGCAUAGUAUUUCUGCAAAUUUGUAUUAACUUCUGCUUAUAAAGAAACAGAAAACUUAACCCUCCACACACACACACAUCUAAACUAGAUGUUUUUCUUCAUCCUCUUCAUUUUUAUCAGUAUUUGACCUAAGCUUGCUUUUGCAUAUGGAAGAAAAUUAGUUCUAAGUGCCUUGUGGUUUAUGGAUGCCUUUCGUUACAUAUUACUUGGAUUUAUUGUGCAACACUGGCCUGUAAAUCAUUUCAGUUAGACGUUUACCUGGCUCGUGUUGCCUUUAUGGUUUGAGUCUUUAACAGUCAUGAAAACUGGAGAAAUGCUGUUUUCAGCGGCACCAGGCUUUGCUGGUCUGAAUAACCCGUAACACACUCUCACAGCCGUGCUCUGCUUCUGCAAGGGUUGCUGCCAAGCUCUACAGAGAUGUUUACAAGGAAUCCAUUACCUUUUGCAGCAGAAAGACGUGUUGAAAGAACAAAGAGAGUUUUGUGAUGAAGUGUAUCUGACUUCUUGCUGCUUUGCUUACCUUUUAAAUGUAAAACUUAGUAAUUUGCAAAGGCUUUUAGUUCUCAGGGCAUCCCUAUAUUAUUCCACCCGGUAGAGAACGGAGCUUUCCUUCAGUCGAAAGCUGGGUUGUCUCAAAACUGCUCUUGAAUGCAUUUCUAUUUUAAUCCCCAACUUUGAAUGCAGCCUGCCUUACUGGCUCCAGCAAAUCGCCCUGCCCUGCCCCACCCGCCGCGCGCGCAGGCUGUGUCUGCUGCUUGCUGGAGUUACAUCUCUUCCUUUGUGACUAAAAGUUGGUUUCAUCAGCAAAGCAUCGGGUCCUGCUUUGCUCUCGGAGCUUGCUUGCCUUGGGAAGUUGCUCAGACCUGCAGCCUAUGCGGGGCACGCGGGGGCAUCUGUCAGCAUACGCAUAACUUUUAAAUGGAAAAUGUCUUUCUCAAAGGCUGUCGAUGUCCAGUGGUCUGCAGUCCAUGAGCAGUUGACUAGUCCAGGUGUUUCUGCUUCUGUUUCCGUGCUAUGUGAAUUGGGAAUUCGAGAGAAGAGUGUGCAGGAUGGAGGAGUUGAGGGACAGUCGGCCCAAUAUGUCAAGACCUCUGAUCACUAGAUCCCCUGCAUCUCCAUUGAACAAUCAAGGCAUCCCCACUCCAGCACAGCUCACAAAAUCCAACGCACCAGUUCACAUUGAUGUGGGUGGGCACAUGUAUACCAGCAGCUUGGCCACGCUUACAAAAUAUCCUGAUUCCAGAAUCGGCCGGCUUUUUGAUGGCACGGAGCCCAUUGUCCUCGACAGUCUCAAGCAGCAUUAUUUCAUCGACAGAGAUGGGCAGAUGUUCAGAUAUAUCUUGAAUUUUUUAAGGACAUCAAAACUCCUCAUUCCUGAUGAUUUCAAGGACUACAGUUUGUUAUAUGAAGAAGCAAAGUAUUUUCAGCUUCAGCCCAUGCUAGGAGAAAUGGAAAGGUGGAAACAGGACCGGGAGAGUGGCCGCUUUUCAAAGUCUUGUGAGUGCCUGGUGGUGCGAGUGGCCCCAGAUCUUGGGGAGAGGAUUACACUGAGUGGUGACAAGUCAUUGAUAGAAGAAGUGUUCCCAGAGAUCGGUGACGUGAUGUGUAACUCUGUCAAUGCUGGAUGGAAUCAUGACUCGACGCAUGUCAUCCGAUUUCCACUGAAUGGAUACUGUCACCUCAACUCAGUUCAGGUACUUGAGAGGUUACAGCAAAGAGGAUUUGAGAUUGUUGGUUCAUGUGGAGGUGGGGUGGACUCUUCCCAAUUCAGUGAAUACGUACUGAGACGAGAACUCAGAAGGACAUCUCGUGCACCCUCCGUCAUUCGAAUAAAGCAGGAGCCUCUGGACUAAAAUGGACAUGUUUCUUUAUGAAAAAAAAAAAAAAAAAAAAAAAAAAGGCAACGAGAGAGGAAAAAAAAAAUGGGGACGUUUCAUGUGCAGUUUGGACUCCAAACAAGUCCUGGAACUAAAAUUGAAUAAAAGACACAUUUAUAUCAAAAAUAGAGACCACACCUGAAUUCAUAUGGGAACAUUUGGAGUAGUAAUAAUAAUAAUAACCUCAAGGUGUAAAAGAAAAUACACACACACCUAUAUUUAAAAUAUGUAUGUAUAUGUAUGUAUGUACAUAUAUAUAUGUAUGUAUAUGUCAAAGGGUAGGAAAUGCAACAACAAUUAAGUGAUAGAUGAAGUUGGUGCUGUGAUGGCCAUUAAGUGUCCUAGGCCUUACUCGGGCCCACUUAACGGUGUACAAGCCAUUACCAUUGGGGGUACAUAGACUACUCUUCACCCAUUUUCCAUUGCCAAACAGACAUCCACUUUUUAAUGUAUACACCUUGGCUCAACUUGAUUUGCAUAUGGAGGUUUAUGUCUGUCUUUUUUAGAGGUGGAUGGGCAGGUGUUCAGGAAAUGACCAUCCAUUGCAUUGGAAAGCUAGUCGAAUGAAAUUUUAAAUGUAGUUUGUACAGAAGUCGCACACUUUUUGUCUGCCCUCACAGAUGUGAAAGGUUAACUUUUCUUUUGAAUGAGUUUUUUUGUUGUUUUUGUUUUGUGUUUUUCAAAGGGGGCCAGAAUAAUUAAUAUUUGGUAGAGAUGCUCUGGUUUGAAUCUGCUGCUUUCCUACAAUUUUUUCAAAUUUUAUAAUGUAUUAAAUACAAUAAACUCUGUUUAAAAUAACGAGGGUCUGGUCUGAGCCAACAGAAGCAGAGCGGUGAGAUUUAGCUCACUGCACUCUAGUAUGUGGAGUGGCAGCCGCUCUGGCAGGCAGCGGGCAGGCAGUGCUGCCUGCACAUGAUGGAGUGAGUUAAAGGCAGCAGGCGCUUUUGUGGGUUGCUGGUCUUCCUUCAGUACUGUGUUUUUGAACUUUGUCCCAGUCUGAAGAGAGGCUGCUGGUCAGACUUAAAAAUAACACCAUUUCAGCCUAGGGAAACCCAUCAAAAAAAUGACAUCUGGUUCUGUAACCUUCAGUGUAACAGUGAACAGUUGCAUCCUUCCUUCUUGACUAAGGAGUUGGCAGCUUCAACUCUCCAAGGCCUUGUCCUGCUGAGUAUUAGUCAGCCUAUUUGUUUUUAAUGUCGUUCAUUUCUCUCGUCUAAAGCUACUGUUCUGCCUAGAGAGUGAGGUGGUCAGCCCCUUGUGUUACGCCAUUGGCGAUGUUGCUCUUGGUAGCAGGCGGUAAGUCAGUGUCCUGCAUUAGAUGUCCUACGAGUUGUUCUCUUGCAGAGUCUCACUGAGGCCACCUCUACAGCUGCCUAGUUUGGACUGGUGAGAUUUUGCAAAGGA